CAACCGCCGCCCACACCAUAUUCUUUCUCUUUCUUCUUCUUCUUCUUUUAUUGCUCUGCUCCGCUGGUUCGAACCGUCUAUUUUGCUCUAUACGGUUCGAACCGUAUAAAACCGGUUCCGGUUCCAUUGCCGUCGGCGGUUCAAAACCGAUUGGGCUAGUGGAGAAUACAAAUUGCGCCGGAGACAACACAUCGCACACCGCCGGCGUGCUCAGCUUCUACUGCCACCGCCGCCGCCUAUGGUUUCUCCCGUCCCGUAAAUUUAGUUGUUUAUAUACGGGAUAGAGUUGUUAAUUCGGUGAUAUGGCGGCAGAGUCAGAGAGCCCUUCGCCGAAUAUAGUUAUACCCUACGAAUGGGCUAAUGCCGCUGAGACCGUAACGUAUGGUUCUGUUGCUUCUCCGAUAGCCUUCAUCUGCGGCCCUAAGAAUAGCGGCAAAACUACUUUCUCUCGCCACUUGGUCAAUGUUCUUCUGCGGAGGUACAAAAAAGUGGCAUACCUCGAUACCGAUGUUGGGCAGACAGAGUUUACCCCUCCUGGCCUUGUGUCACUGGUUAUGAUUGACAAAACAACUCCAGAUGUGACGAUCCCGUGCUUGAAAACUCCUGCACGAUGUUUUUUCUUUGGUGAUAUCUCAUCAAAAAGGGAUCCUGCUACUUAUGUAUCUUACAUCAAAAAGCUGUAUGAGCACUAUCUGAAAGAAUACAACACAAACAGUCGAGAGGAAAUUCCAGGAAAGGAUGAGGUUCCACUUGUCAUUAACACCCCUGGCUGGGUUAAAGGAAUUGGUUAUGAGAUACUGGUCGACUUGCUAAGAAUUAUGUCCCCCACCCAUGUUGUUAAGAUUCAAAUAUCAGCUUGGAGCAAGAACCUGCCAUCAGGAACAUUUUGGUUGGACGAGGAGAAUUCUGAUUUAGUUUCUGUCAUUGAGAUCAAUGCUGCCCUUCAAGACCACAUGAAGAGAUCGGUGCUGGUGCGAAAGGAUGCAAACCUUCUACGAGAUCUGCGGUUGAUGGCAUACUUUCGACAGUGCUUUCCCCGAGAUAUGACUAUCUCCACAAUCAAAGAACUCGCCCGAGCAAUUGCAGCGCACCCUCCUUAUGAAGUUCCCAUAUCGAGUAUCAAAAUUGAACACCGUCACUGCAAGGUUCCAGCUACCGAAAAAUUUUAUAGCUUGAAUGCAACUAUAGUUGGUCUUGCAACCAGUUCAGAUCCUCCCCAAUGUGUUGGCUUGGGUAUUGUGCGAGGCAUCGACACUUUCAAAGGGGUUCUCUAUAUUAUAACUCCUGUUCCACCACCGACACUGGAAAAUGUUGACAUGCUAAUUCAGGGAUUUAUUCAAAUUCCCACUUCUCUACUGCAAAUGCAAGGCUGUGUGUCCCCUUACAUGUCUUCAAAUGUACUAUCAACAAAAUAGGACCGCCACAUCGGCUAACAAUUUCACAAGCCCGAGUAAAGGUAUCCACACAUAACAUAGCUUCAUUAUCAUCAUUGUUUACGUUAGUUAUAGCAUUUGAAACUCACGUUAUUAAUUUUAUAAAAGUAUACACACAUUAACAAACAAAAGGGCUAGAUUUCCUUCAUUUACCUCCUUACUUUCCUAUAUGUGUCUGUUUUUUGUAUUUGUGUUUUAUAUUUAAAUAGUGGCUUAAUGUGAUGUUUUGCGAAUAUAUAUAUAUAUAUAUAUAUAAAUUCAAACAUUUGUUUUAGGUCAUUUUAUACACACGAAGGUAUGUGUUUUGUCACGUCUGAAUUGAUCAUGAUCAUAUAUAUAUAUAUUUGUGUAUAUAUGUGUAAGCACAUAACACAAAUGAUAUACAAUGCAGGUCUUUAAUUUUGGGUUAUCUUUGCAUUAAAAUUUCUCUGCAUAUCUUUCAUUUGACUUGGCCUUUCU